GAAGUGCAGACCUGUCCCAAACUCCUGAUCCAGGUUGUCCCGGUUCUCCAGGCUUACUCAAGGUCUUUCAGAGUUUGUCUUUGGACUCUGGCUGCUUUUGACACAGUUUCAGUCCAGAAUCUGUUCAUUUCCUGCCUCUGAACUCCAACCCGUGAAGCCUUCUCACAGAAAAAGAGCCAUAAACUCAAGGGAUGAGCCAGUCUUGGGUUUGUUUCCAGCAGUCCAACCAAAGUCCACAGAAGAACGCUGAAAGUCUGAAGAACUGUUGAUCAGGACAAGUUCACCAGAGUAAAGGAACAUUUGGAUCUCAGAAAGAGACGAGGGCUGGACUUGAACAUUUCAGGAGCAACAGAAAUAAAGAGUGAACAAAUAUUAACAAAUGAGCUUCCUGCAGUAUCUGCUGAGGAUGUUCUUCGGUUUUCUGGCAGCUGUCGCCUGUGGGAUGCUUUACGCCGGGCAUCUGUCAGGGUACCAUGACAGGAAGUUCUGGUUUUCAACCAGACAGGAGCUUGAGCGGGAAAUCUCCUUCCAGGGAGGCAGUGGGCUCUACUAUCACUACUACAAGCGGAUGCUGGCAGCUCCGUCCUUUGACAGAGGGUUUUAUGAGCUGAUGGUGGACAACCGGACCAUUUCAGGUCAGACCAUCAACGCAGUGGAGCGUUUGUUUCUGUAUCCAGAGCUCAUCACCAGCUUCGUCUACAGGAUCACAAACAGUCAGGAAUCUGUGGAGCCCAUCUACUUCUACAUCGGGACGGUGUUCGGCCUGCAGGCGGUCUGCGUCACGGCUCUGUUUGUGUGCAGCUGGGUGAUGAGUGGCACCUGCGUGGCCGGCAUGUUGGCCGUGUCCUGGUUCGUCAUUAACAGACAGGACACAUCCAAAGUGGACCAGGGAAUUCCUCUGAGGGAAAACUGGGCUUUGCCUUAUUUCUCCUGUCAGGUCGCAGCUCUGACCGGGUUCCUGAGCAACAACAUCAGCUCUGCCUCUGAGAUGUUCUGCUACCUAACCAUGAGCGCCACCACCUUCACCUUCCUGCUGCUCUGGGAACACGGCCACUACGUGCUGUUCGUCCAAGCCCUCUGUUUGUUCCUGCUCGACUCGUUCGACCUGGUGCCACAUCGCAAGACGACUGACAUCAACAAGGUGUACCUCAGCUCCCUGUUCCUGACCUACCUGUUCCAGUUCCAGAACUCCUCCCUGCUCAGCUCGCCUCUGCUCAGCCUCCUGAUUGGCUCGGUGCUCGCGCGGUUCUUCCAGAGGAAGAUGAAGAUGGGUCCUCUUGUAGCCAGAGUGAUGAAGCUGCUCCUGCACUUCCACCUGGUUUUCACCUCAGGGAUCACCUUCAGUUAUCUGAUCAAGAAACUUUUUCCUGUUAGUAAUGGCGACUUCACACUGAAGUUCCUGGAAGUAAAACUCGGGCUGAACAUGACGACAGACUUUGUCACCAACUUCCUGCUGUGCCAGGACGGCCUCCGAGCAUCCGGUCAGGACUUAUUCCUGCGGCUGACGCAGACCUCGGUUCUUCCCUUCUACGUCCUGGUCCUCACCGUCUGCCUGCUGUCCACCGUGCAGACUGUCUUCAGGAGACUCAGUGGUCAGCCAAUGAACACCAGCGUCAGACUGGAGGGUGGACGAAUCGGAGAGCAGCCUGUGGUCAUCUAUCACGUUUUUCACACCUUAUUCUUUGGUUUCCUGACGCUGCUGUUUGAUGGGAUGAAGUAUUUAUGGACGCCAUACGUCUGCAUGUUCACUGCGUUCGGCGUGUGUUCUCCAGACCUCUGGAUGACUGUGUUCAGAUGGCUCAAACUGAAGUCGAUCCAUCCAGUGGUGUUGUCUCUGAUUCUGAGCACAGCUGUCCCGACCAUCAUUGGCUUCAGUUUGUGGAGAGAGUUUUACCCCCGUGUCUUAGCGGAGCUGACGGAUCUGCAGGAGUUCUACGACCCGGACAUGGUGGAGCUGAUCAGCUGGAUCAGGUCCCAGGUUCCGAUGGCGGCCGUGUUCGCCGGCAGCCCUCUGCUGCUGGGAACAAUAAAACUGUGUUCUGGUUCGGUCGUCACCAGUUUACCGAUUUACUCCGACGUCACCCUGCUGAAGAGGACCGAAGAUACCUACCAGGUUUACGCCAUGAGGUCUGCGGAGGACGUCUACAAACGUCUGAUGGCUCAGAAAACGAACUACGUGAUCGUUGAGGAGUCGAUCUGCAACGACGUCCAGCUUAAAAAGGGCUGCAGAGUCAAAGAUCUGCUGGACAUCUCCAACAGACAUGUUGUUCACGACAGAUCACAGAUAGACUCCUUCUCCAAACCCGGGCGCUUCUGUCAGGAGAUCAAGAUGAACUACUCGCCCUACACAAACUACUUCACCCGGGUGUUCUGGAACCGCUCGUACCACGUCUACAAAGUGAAUUCGGUCAUCUCGUUCCAGUACUGACAGUAGAACCUCUGCUGAGAGGAUGUUUGGACAUAGUCCACGGUUCUGGACGCCUGAAUCCUUUCUGCUGAUGCUGCAGCUGAGUUUGUAGCACUGGUUGCGUUAACGCUGGAGAAGACCCAGUGAUGAGGGCUAAGAUGGUGUGUUGUAAUCCCUGAACUGUAACUUUAUAACUCUGUUAGUGUUCGUGAGAAAUGGAGGAAGAAGAAAGAUGUCACUUUAGUUCAGCUGAGAUCACAAACGGUUCUGAUUGUUUGAAGCUUUGGGUCUGUCACAGUCAGGACUGUGGUUACUGUGAAGUCAAACACUAACAGAACUCCCUGCACAGAUAUCACACUGGGCAAAAGUUAUAGGUCAGAAUUAAGUGGCUUUACAGAAAACCAGACCUGAAUAUGAUUACGAACUGGACUGAAUAUGUAAGAAAAAGCAGCCAAAGUGCAGAGAAAAGAUCUCCAGAAAGCCCGAAGAACUGUUGAUCUGGAACACUACAAGAAAGUGUGACAAAGAAAUGAAAUGCUGCCUCCAGGGUGCUCAAACUGAGCAGUUCAUGGAGGGAAAGACGACACCCACAGUGUGGCUCCUGUAAGUGAACAGAGUUAAAUAUAUCAGAAUUAGAUUUUCAGUUUAUGGCCUAUUAAAGGAAAUGAAAUCACAUCUUGGCUCAAUGUCAUCUGCUUCAUCAGAACAUUAUUCUUAUGGGACCGUGUGAUCCAGAUUUUGUUUGGCCCUCUGUGUGAUUCAAGGUUUCUUCAUAAAACUCGUUUUCUUCCUCUUCUUCGUCUCUCAUUCUCCUCCAGAUUUAGCAAAUUUCUUGAACAUUUUGACCACAGUAACCAGGCAACAGUGGCAGGUGAUAAACACCAGGAAGCAGUUUUCAUAGGAUGAAUUCUGUGUGGUUCCGUUUCCUGAUCCAAACAUAGUUUAAGCUAUCACCCUGCAGGCCGUCGAUGCAUAUGGUCGGGCUUUUUGAUGCAAAGACUCUAAAACAUUUAUUCUUACUGCUCAGCCAACAUGGAUUAUAUUUUUUUCUUUCCAAACUGGACCUGAAGGUUCUGUUUUGGCCUUCAGCUCUCCUACAGACACUGAAACAUGUACAUGUGUGGACCCAGAAGGUUCUGACUCUCCUGGCUCGUGUACUGUUUCUGAUACUACUUAUGUGUGAUGCUGUGGGCUCCCCCUCACCCCUGGUGCCCAGUAAAGGAGUGAGUCACCAUAGCAACCACUGACUCUGCUUUUUCUGGAUUUUUGGUUCUUGCAUGACUUUCCUCUGGAUCUUUCUCUGUCUUGCUUUCGGUUUUCUCUGAUGAUGAGUGUGAUGAUCAGAUGAAUCGAUGCUCUUAAUGAUGCUUGGUAGGAAUUUCUUCACUUCAUCAGCUUCUGUUGUGCCUUCUGCUGACUCUUGUGGUUCUUCUGCUUCUGGUUUGUUUUGUAUACUGAAGAUGUGAUUUUUAAACCUAACCUGGGGAUUUGGUCAAGAAUUAAUGAGAUAAUUAAUAAACAAAGUAAAAAACAAUAUUAAAACCCAUGUAAAAUAGA